CGACGCUUCCGCCCCUCCGCAAACCGCUCGCAAACCACCACAGCCAUGUCGCGGUCAUUAGCGCGCCGCGUCUACAGCGACGCCUUCGCCAAGUGGCCCAAGCAGGACCUGCGCCCCGACUACCAGCUGCAGGACGUCCUGCGCCGUGCCGUCGAAGAGCGCUACGCCGGCGCAAAGACCAACGAGGCCGAGGAGCUGCUUAAGGCGCGCGCGCUGCAGUUCCUCGUGCAGAACAAGUUCCGCGACCGCUACAAGCUCAAGGGCCCCAUGCUCGAACCCCAGAGCCAGCCGACGUACUUUGAAGACCUGGUGCGCGAGAUUGAGGAAGCCCCGCGGAGGACGUGGCUCGAAAGGCUGGGGAAGCGCCUAUCAGGCAUUAUUCGACUGCAGUGACGUUGCUUGCGGGCGGGGACGGCAUCUGGAAGAGACUUUCGGGGGGAGGAAAAAGACAGUGUUGUCGGUUGUGCAAGUAUGGAGGGGCGAUGAGGCAUGAUACCACCAUGGUGUACGAUAUGAUGUUUGCAUAACAUAAUUGGUCUACCGCGCCAAAUAGAAGCGAGUCUAUAUUCUCCC